UACGAGUUAUCUCCCAUACCUACCAUCUAAACUCCUUUACUUUAUAAGGAGAUUAAUACUAAAUGUCUUGAGAUUAUCCCGAUGUCUUGGCGGGACAACGAGAGCAGUCGGAGAGGAAUGCUUUCUAAAUCUUUCUUUCGGCUCUUCUACAUUUUGAUUUUAAAUCCAAUCUCAAUUGACUUUACCUUUCACUCUUUCUGAGUCGAUGAAAUAAAAUAGCUCUCAAGUUCUGAGUAUGGCAGAGUUUUGGAAUGGCCUACUCAAAAGCAUUAGAAAUAUAGGUGACCAGAAAAAAGUUUCUUAUGGUAUUGGAAACACAUGGUAGUCUCAGAAUAUUUUCAGAAGAAUCAAAACACUUUAAUGAAGAAUAAACCCGCAAAAAUUGACGGAAGUUGUAUGAGAGUAAACUCCCCUACUUCGGAACUCUUUUGCUUCCGUCACUGGAAACCCGAUGCCACUGACUUAGAGAACAAUCAGAAUGCUUUGAAUCAUUUUGGAAAGUUCCAGAAAGAAAAAAAUAAUUCCAGACUUUCAAGGAACCAAAAAGACAAUAAAAAAAAUAAUUACAAAAAAGAGCAGAUUCAUCUUAUUCUGAAGAAAGGGAUGAACAUCACAACAUUGUAUCCUUAUAAACCAGAAGGUUCUUUUGGUUAUUGCUAAAAAGACUAUUUUUGGUUCCUGUCUUUUACCUCAUCUGAUAUUUACAGUUCUGGUAUAAGAAUAUCAAUAGAUAUGUUAUGAUUGGUUGUAGUGAACUAUUUUUCACUGAGAAUGCUCAACAAAUGUUUGUUUAGCUUAUGAAUUAUUUUGGGCUAUAACGUUAAGUCUUUAGAGUGAAAAAUAAAGAAAAGGCCAUCCUCUGAUUGGCAGAUGCAUGUCAAUUAUUCGUUUAUGAUUAUACCUUGUAGAAAGUCUUCCACUACAGAGUGUUCUGUUUCAUGGACUGUGUCUCUCAUCAGGCAGUGUAAAUGGCAGAGAAUCUUUUUAUAACCAGCAAUGUAAUGCUAUCACAUGUGUGAAACUGUCCUCGAACAGACAAAUGUGCAGCAAAACAGAUACAUUUUACAGCCAAUCAAAUGAAACUGUCUUUCAAAGAGAAAAAAUUACCUCAAAACGCUCAGUAUAGAUUGAACUUACUAGGAGCAUAAACAUGUGCCUAACAAAGAAAAGAAAUUAGAAGGAAGAAAAUUUCUGUUUUAUUGAGGCUUCUCACACUUCAUAUAUAUAUAUAUAUAUAUAUACACACACACACACACACAUAUAUAUAUAUAUAUAUCCUCAUUACAUCAUUCUUUAAUGUCCAUUUUUUAUUUUGGCAUACCCAUAGAUAUACACUGGAAAAUCCAUUUGAAGUAGAUAACUGAGAAUGUAAUAAUUUAUAUUAUAUUUUUUUUACUUGUGUUUGUUUACAUCAACUUCAGUGUGUAACUGGUAUUUAUUUAAUCGACUCUAAAAGGAUGAAAGGCAAAGUCAACCUCGGCGGAAUUUGAACUCAGAACGUUGCAGCAAACAAAAUACCGUUAAGCAUUUCACCUGAUGUGCUAACAAUUCUGCCAGCUCUCCACCCUAAUAAUAACAAUAAUAUUAAUAAUACAAAAGCAAAGAAAUAUUGAAUAAAUUUUCUUUUCCUUUCAAUAAUUUAAAAGAACCAAACAAUAUCAAUUGAACGUUUCAACAAAUGAUAUCAGAGACAAAAUUUUGAAACUACUAUUAUUAUUAUUAUUAUUAUUAUUAUUAUUAUUAUUAUUAUUAUUAUCAUUAUUAUUUUGGUGGUGUGAAGUCCCAUUGAUCAUUACAUCCAUUGUGUUUCAUUAACGAUGUUGUGUGAACAACUUUCCGGCGCUUCCGAGGCCACUUUUUUCACCCUCCUUCCCGUCAGUAAUACUGUGACUGUAUCGUCUUCCUCUCCUCCUCCUCCUCCUGCUUCCUCUUCCUUUCAGACCUUCUCUCCUUUCUCUCCAACUCCUUCUUUCUCUUCUCUCACUUCUUCUUUUCCUACAUCUGCUGCUACUAUUUCUUCUCCUUCUUUUCUGCCUUCGUCAUCUUUAACUGUUCCGCCUGUCUCUGCCGAUUCUGCCGCCAGUACGGCUGUUACUGUCCAAAAUGAUGUGUUUACUGAUGCCCUCAGUUUGGCAUUGGCCCUUCGCUCUGCUACAGAAGAAAACGGCAGUUGUGAGAUUGGUGGAGGUGAAGGGGUCAUCGUCAGUGAAGAAGUAGAAGACGCAAGCAGUGUGUUGCAGUAUGUCUGCGAGCACUGUGGCAAACAGUUCCCAAAUGACCACAUCUUGUCCAUCCAUCGACGUGCCCACACCAUCAAUGGCACGAGACCUUAUCAGUGCAAGUUCUGUGAUAAAGCUUUCUCCGGCUCUCACAACCUGAUCAAGCACAUUCGUACACACACUGGUGAGAAGCCUUACGCAUGCUGCAUAUGCAGUAAAGCAUUUGCGGAUGCCGGACAGCGGAAAGUGCACAUGCGCACGCACACCGGUGAAAAGCCAUUUGAAUGUGAGCUCUGCGGUAAGAUGUUCUCCCAGUCAUGCAACUUGAGGUCGCACAUGGCGACCCACUCUGGCAUACGUCCUUAUCACUGUCCUCAUUGCUUGAAGGACUUUGCACGUGCCAGCACCUUGCUGCAGCAUAAGUUUCACAACCAGGGACAAAACGGUUCUUUGGAGUGCCCGUUCUGUGACCAGGUCUUUGAGCACAAGUGUUCCUUAAGCGUUCAUCUCCGCACACACCCCAGAGAAUCCCGAAACAAGGACUCAAAGACAAAACAGAAGAAUCUUGCCACUUAGGGAAUUUGAUACUGAUAUAAGUUUACCUCAUAUAGAGUGGGAGCCCAAUGGCUGUGAGAUGAAGGUGCUCAUGGCUAAACUAGAUGGUUGCAAAUUCAGAUGUUAUGUUUUUAUGGACAUGACGGUCUAUCUCUGAGCAUGGCACCUGAUUCUGAUUGGCUCCAAUUUGCCUGAAUGGACAAAAUAAGAUUAAAAAAAUAGGAACAAGAAUCAAAAACACAAAACGCUGUUCACACUUCCUAGUUAAGUGGUUAGUUAUAAGGGGUGGGGCCAAAAAAAGGGGCCAACAUUUAGCUCUAUAGUUGCUUCAAUGCAACAACCAACCAACCAACCAUUCUGUCAACGGACGAAAAACUAAGAUAAACACUGUAUGAAUGACUCAGUGGAUAGGGUAGCAGAUAACUGAAAGAUUAGCGGUUCCAAUCCAGUCACCAGCAAAACUUUGUGCCUAUAUUUCACCCUUUAGUGUUCAGAUCACUCUGUUGAAUGUAAUCCUUAUUUAUUCGCAUUGUUUUGAAUUAAUCCUGGAUUAUCUUGUAGCUUUGUCAUUUCGAUGAUGCGAUUGUUUAUUCUUAGAAUGGCAUUGUAGGGUAGGUGUGACAUGUCAGAUCUGGCCACUUUGAACAUAAAACAGGUUGAAUAUUUGGGCCGGACAUGGCUGGUUUAAAUGCUAAAGGGUCAAGACACUUAAAUUCCAAAUAGCUCAAUGCAUCUAGCCAUUAAACGGUUCCACAGAAUAGAAUAAAAUGGUUCUAUUUUUUGGUUCCAAACUGUAGUAGUUUGCUGCUUUAAGUUCAGUUUCAGUUUCUUGUGUGGCUUCCUUCGGAAAAGCCUCAGCAAUGUUUUAGUCUCUGACUAAAAGUUCAUCAAAAUCUUCUUGGACUUUUGUGCUUUUUUUCUUUGUGAUUGUACAGAAUUGUCUAUGAUAUCUGGUUUCCAUAUGCAAUGCUGUUUUCAUUUUUCCAUUUUUAUUUUACAUUAAUGUUCCCAUUUGCCAUUGGCAUCUAAAUGUGUUCUCUGUCUGGUUUUCUUGUUUUUAAAUUCCUUUGUUUCUUAUCUGCCUUCUGUCUUGCCUUUUCUCAGCUCCCCCCCUUCAUUCUCUCUCUCUCUCUCUCUCUAUCUAUCUAUCUAUCUCUGUUUCUAUCUGUCUGUCUCUUAUCUUUCUAUGUAUGUAUGUUUGUAUCUAUCUAACUCUUACUCUCUAUGUUCUGUCUCUCUCUCUCUCUCUCUCUAUCUCUCUCUCUCUCUAUCUCUCUCUCUCUCUAUCUAUCUAUCUAUCUAUCUAUCUACCUUGUCUGCUUAUCUAUUUGUCUAUCUACCUACCUACUAAUCUAUCUGUUUUUGUCUUUCUCAGUCUGUAUGUCAUUCUAGCUUUUUUUAAUUAUAUUUUAUAAAUUAAAACAAGUUUCUUUUGUUAUUUGUA